AUGUUCAAGUGCACCGGUCUCCACCAGAAAUUCCCAAAGUCCAUAAUCUUCAAGUCACUGAUGCAUUUAUCCAUCAGCAUUUACUUACUGGCAGCUGAAGUGUCAACCCAGCACACAUCUAUCCUGACUCUGAUAAUAUUCGUCUGUCCUUCAAUCAUCAUCAGCUGGACAAUAGUGCAAUAUUCCUUGGUACUGCAUCUGGUUGACGAGAGGAUUGCAAAUGUCAACAAAUCAUUGCUGAAGAUCGGAAAGAUACCGGUAGACCUUGAAAUGCCGUCGGUGUUCAUCAGGAAGACACCCGUGGAUGAUUCUGGUCAAAUCACGACUAUUCGAAGAGUUGAUGUAGAGCUGUGCAAUUUUUGCUACAAAAUUCGGGACUUUUAUGCCCUGCCAACACUGAUGACAGUGACUUUCUUCGGGUCUUCGUUGGUGUACAGCUCGUAUUUUUUGGCGAUGCCCCUGGUCACUAGGUCUAAUCAUCAUCUUCAUCUCACUGUUACUAAAAUAACGCGAACUGUCAAGAAAACAGCGAACAUUAUCCACUUACUCUUGGACAACUGUGCAUUACCAUCAGAAUCAUUAGCUGAGUUGAAGGGAUUCUCCCGACAAGUUCUGAUGAAGAACUUCCACUUGAGUGUCUACGACAUGUUUCCACUCGAUAAUUCAUUACUGGGUUCGAUAGUCAGCACAAUCACAACAUAUCUCGUCAUCUUUGUUCAAUUCCAAUUAGCAUCGAGUGAACUCAAGCUGAAGAAACAAUAA